GGAACCUUUCACUGGCGACGACGACGACGACGACUCGACGUUCCGCCGCCGCACGAAAAGCAACAAAUUCCGUCUCACGUCGCGGACGCGCUUUGUCCGCUGCAGUUGUCGCCGUUCGUCAUCGUCGCUGUUGUUGUCGUUGAGCCGUAUAACAGCGUCGCUCGUCGGAUUCCGCCAUUUUCCCAUUCGGCGGACACCGUUGACGGCCACUGCCAACCCCGGAAUUACCAUGGCUAAUAAAUGCUUUCUUUUGUGUGCAUUGGCAUUAUGCUGUGUUCAAGCUGACCAUCUGAUGUCUAACGAUGCUUUAUCAGAUCUGAACGAUAUGUCUAAAGAUAUUACCAUAGAAUGUAAUAAUAAAGAAAUAAGUGUAACCAUUGAUACAAAGUCUAAAUCAUUCACUGGAAUAAUUUACCCGAAGGGCUUAUCUAAAAAUUCAAGUUGUAUGGCCGAAUUUAAUUAUGAAAAGAGUCCUGUGGUUUAUAAACUUCCAUUAAGAUCAUGUAACACAAUGAGUACAUACCUAAAUGAUGGUUUAGUAGAAUACUUCAAUACAAUAGUUUUACAACCUCAUAGAAAAUUGGUGACAAAUCAGGGUAAAGGCUUUCAUAUUCGUUGUAAAUAUCAAACAAAUGAUCAGCUUUUAACUAAUGUGUUAAAUAUGAGCACAAGUGAUGAAGCAGCAAUGAUUGAAACAGCCAAGAUGCCAACAUGUACAAUGAAAAUUUUCUCUGGAAAAACUGUAAAGCAGGACGUAGCAGAAAAUGUGAAAAUUGGAGAUCCUUUGACGAUGGUCAUAUCAAUAAAUAGCGAGGACACUUUUGGAUUGUUUAUUACCGACUGUUUAGUUCGUGAUGGUUUGGGUUGGGGCGAUCAGCGUCUUAUUGAUAAAUCCGGAUGUUCAAUUGAAGAUGAUAUAAUGGGACAAUUCCAAUAUAGUGCUAACAAAACAACUGCAGUGGUUAACUUUCAAGCCCAUAAGUUUCCUUAUACUACCUCUGUAUAUUAUCAAUGUCAUGUUCAUUUAUGUUUGAAAGCAAAUGGAGGCUGUGCAAAUACGCCGCCAAAUUGUAGCAAUAGAAAACGCUUUCGGCGUGAAGACCAAACAAUUGAGGAUGAAAGUCCAGCUACAAUAGAAGUAUAUAGCGGCCUUUAUGUAAACGAAGGAGUAGAUUCAGGUAAUCCUGAACAGAUGGACCAAGUAGCACGAGAAAAAAUUUUGGAUGAUCCUUACAAUAUUUGCAUUUCUCAGCGUAAUUUUGCUAUAAGUAUUGCUAUAGCCGGACUUAUCCUUAUGCUUUUAACAGUAAUAACAGCUUUGAUAUUGUUGAUGAGAAGACAUAAAAAGUCAGUUUCUUCAAGUGGAAGUUCUGUGUACAGCGGGCCUUACACAAAUACAGCAUUUAGUCAUACUAGUUAAAUAUCAACAAUUAAGAUUCUAUGGUGCUCUUUUAUUAACAUGUAACAAAAUUUAUUUUUAUUUUAUAUCCAAAACUUUAUAUUUAUAAUAUGUAAGAAAUAUCAAAGGUUAUGAGAUUUAUUGAAGUAAUUUUAUACUGCUAUUAUAGUAUACACUUAUUUUUAGUAAUUAAGUAUUUUUUAUUAAAUGAAAUUUAAUUUGAAUCGCGGACAUAUAUUAAGAAGUCCUUCACUCUUCUGAAAAAUGUGUUUUCAGUAAUAGGCAGUGUGUUAUUUAGCUAUAAACUGCUCAUGUGGUCUAAUUAUCAGACUUAUUAAUGAAUAACAUUUAAGAAAGUAAACAAUAGUAUGAAUAUAUUGUUAUUAAUGUUUUUUAACUGUUUUAUUAGAUGAUCCAGCCAUGUUGCUUGCAAAAGAUUGUAUACUUUUAUGAUAGUUACUAUUUAUAUAUAUAUUUUUAGAUAAAUAUAAUUUGUCUCGAGUUCCUUCUUUAUAUUUUGUCAGUUCUAAAUUUAGUUUUUAUGUCAUGAAAUAGUAAAAAUGUAUAAAUCGUAUUUUAUAUUUAUAUAACAUCUAUUAUAUAAAUGGUUUAGAGUCAUCUA